AUGACCAGAGAAUGGGAGAAUGGCUGUCAGAAGACUGGUAAACAGAGGGCUAGAGAUUCAAGGGCCCAAGAAAGGAUGACUACAGAGGGGAAGUCAGAUAAGAAUGGAACACUAGUCCAAGUAUUCAAUAUAAGCGAUUCCUUUCGGGAUAAAGACUCCCUGUGCUGCCAGGGGGAUCUAUGUUCUGCUUCACCAUUGGGGAUAUGGACCAAAUUCUACAAAUCAGACCCACGCAUUGCCCUUGGGAAAUACUCCCCCUUGGAAAAAGAGAUCCUACGUCUAGGUGGUGUUCACACCAUAGCAGCCAGGAGGUUUCUGACUUAUAAGCAAGAGGAAGAACGGAAAAUGCUCAAGGAACUACAGGUGCUGUCUUCAGACUAUAAACGGGCGGUGGAAUAUAGAAAGCAACUCACUCCUCCUUGUGCCACCUGCGGACCCCUAGAAAAAAUAUGGACGGCAAAGGUGAUGGUGCCCCCGGAGGAGUUCAAAAUGCCACAACGGGAGAGGCUGAACAUCAGCAAGCACGUAGAACGAAUGCAGCUCGCUCGAGCCCUGAGGAAUAAGCAGCUUUUACCCUACAUUGAAAGAUUUAGGAGCUCUUCGCUUCUGUCUGGAGUGGGCCUGGGCCCCCCGGCAAGGGACAAAACUGGGGAAGGCAAGGAUGACCGAGACGCCGAUCACUGCGACUAUGCCCACCAAGAGACGAGAGAUGAGGCAGAGAGCAAAACCACGAAAAGACAGGAAAUAAAGAUGAACGUAAUUUUCAAGUCAGAAGAACCAAAAAAAUGUGUAAUGUACCAUCCAAAUGAUCUAAAACCAUUCCUCCCCACAAAAAAAGCAGAAAGAUCCAUUGCUGGCUUAACAAACAGAAAUCUUUUGCACCUGGCCGAAUUCCCUGGAGACCUAAUGCUGAUGAAUCAGGAUUGUAUAUCACGGGGAAUCCACCCCAGUGAUGUGUCAAAGGCCAGCUGCCUGGAAGAAGGCAGUGCCUGGAAAGAGUACAUGUGCAAAGCUGCUUCCCACCAUUAUUAAAGGUUUAUUUAUUCCCCAUGGAAA